AUGCGCGGGCUCACCGAAUGCCCUUCUUCUUUCUCAAGGCUCUGGCACCAGCUGACUCUGCAGGUUCUGGACUUCGUUCAGGACCCGUGCUUUGCCCAGGGAGAUGGGCUCAUCAAGCUUUACGAGAACUUCAUCAGUGAGUUUGAACACAGGGUGAACCCCCUGUCCCUGGUGGAGAUCAUUCUUCAUGUAGUCAGACAGAUGACAGAUCCCAAUGUGGCCCUUACUUUUCUGGAAAAGACUCGAGAAAAGGUGAAAAGCAGUGAUGAAGCUGUCAUUUUGUGUAAGACAGCCAUUGGGGCACUCAAGCUGAACAUCGGAGACCUGCAGGUCACCAAGGAGACCAUUGAGGAGGUUGAGGAGAUGCUGAACAAUCUCCCGGGGGUGACUUCAGUUCACAGCCGCUUCUACGAUCUCUCCAGCAAGUAUUACCAGACGAUUGGGAACCAUGCCUCUUACUACAAGGAUGCUCUGCGCUUCCUGGGAUGCAUCGAUGUUAAAGAUCUGCCGGUAUCAGAGCAGCAGGAGAGAGCCUUUACCCUGGGACUGGCAGGGCUCUUGGGAGAAGGCGUUUAUAACUUUGGGGAGCUGCUCAUGCACCCCGUUCUGGAGUCCCUGAGAAGCACUGAUCGGCAGUGGCUGAUUGACACGCUCUAUGCCUUCAACAGUGGAAAUGUCGAGACGUUUCAGGCUCUGAAGUCGGCGUGGGGUCAGCAGCCGGAUCUUGCUGCAAAUGAAUCACUUCUGCUGCAGAAGAUUCAGCUGUUAUGUCUUAUGGAGAUGACUUUCACCCGACCGGCCAAUCACAGACAGCUCACUUUUGAAGAAAUUGCAAAAAGUGCCAAAGUCACCGUGAAUGAGGUGGAACUGCUGGUGAUGAAGGCGCUCUCGGUAGGCUUGGUAAAGGGCAGUAUUGAUGAAGUCGACAAGAGGGUGCAUAUGACAUGGGUACAACCACGCGUGUUGGAUUUACAGCAGAUCAAAGGGAUGAAAGACCGCCUGGAGUUCUGGUGCACGGAUGUGAGGAGCAUGGAGAUGUUGGUGGAGCACCAAGCUCAUGACAUCCUGACAUAGAGGACCUCGCACUGCCCCUGGGAGAGUAACUUCUGCUGCAGCCAGCAGCACUCAGACCACUGACUCUGUACUGCAAUAUCUCGAAGGGGGGUGGGUGGGCAGAGGGGAGAGCAGCUCUUUGACGCUUGUUCGGAGGAGUACGUGGCCUUUCGCUGCGUAACCCUUUGGUGCUUGGAGUCAAGAUUUCCCUACGCGCUAACAUUAGUGGCACUCGCCGUGAGGGCUCCCGUCCUGCGCUCGUGAGAGGAGGACAAGGGCUCGGCAGCGGUUCCUCUCUCCGCCUCGUUAUCGGGCUGUUGUGGGAGGAUGUGGUGCAGGUUGCAU